AGCACACAGCGGUUUCAUUUUGAUGCCCAUCACCCGAAUGGCUCCGGUCCGGGACCGUACCACGUACAACGGGAUAGGUCUAGGCCUCGAGCUGGUCCCUGAAGCGAUCUAAUUGCAAGCAUCAUCCCGUAGGGCAAAGAAUAUUUCUCGCGCGACAGCGAGCGCGCAUAAGUAUUUGCUGCCGCGGGAAGGGAUAGGGAGAGGAAAGAAGCUCGGCGGACACGGCGAUGGCGGUCUCUCCAAACCCUGAAAUCGACACGGACGGGGAAGAGAGCUCCAGCGAUGGAGACGUAAACCCUAGCAGCAAUAUUAGCAGACCUCUCGACGGGGGAAGGAAGAGCCCUAAUACAAACAACCCUACAACUCCUCCUCUCAUCUGCCUCAUUAGGUUCGCGGGAGAUUCCGCUGCUGGGGCUUUCUUGGGCUCCAUCUUUGGUUUCGGUUCAGGCUUGUUUAAGAAGAAAGGAUUUAAGGGAUCUUUUGCAGAUGCAGGGUCUUCUGCAAAGACAUUUGCUGUUUUGUCUGGAGUUCACAGUCUUGUGGUCUGCUUCUUGAAGAGACUGCGAGGGAAGGAUGAUGUUAUCAAUGCAGGUGUAGCAGGUUGUUGCACUGGUCUUGCUUUGAGCUUCCCAGGUGCACCACAAGCUCUACUUCAGAGUUGCCUCACUUUUGGAGCGUUCUCAUGCAUCAUUGAAGGCCUCAAUAAGCAGCAACCUGCACUGGCUUUCCCUUUCCUGCAGGUAAUGGGAGCAUCGGAGGGCCACAAGAUGUUCUUCCUCCCUUCACGCUCCCUCUCCCUCGUGACAUCAUGGAGGGCUUUUCAUGCUUUUGCAAAUCCUUACCAAAGUCUAAAAGAGCAUCUCACGAGUGACUAGCGACAGCAAAUUUAGUAAACUACCACUUCCAAAUUGGCUCUUUUUGGUGAAUUCCUGUAUCUAAAUUUAGAGAUUUUGUUUUUCUUUUGGUUGCAAUAGUUCAUGAGAUUGACUUGUAUCCUGUUUUAUUGCAACAUGGUUGGUUCGUUCAUUCUGUUUUUCCAUUGCCAA